CCUCUCUUUCUCUCUCUCUCUCUCUCUCUCUCUCUCUCAACGAGCUACCGUUUCGUUUUGUUCACUCGACCUCUUUACCUCCCCCAGCCAUUCUCUCUCUUCUCGAAAGUUGAAUCUCGAUCUGCAUCCAUUUCAUUUCGCUAACUAUCUUUAACUCACUCUCUCUCGCCCGACCCACCCACUCACCCAAAUGGCUCGGGCAUUAUUAAUCCAGCUCUUCACCUUCACCAUCCUCCUGAUCGUCCAAUCAUCUCCCUCCACGUCACUCCUCCUCCGCCCUCCUCACGGUGGGCCCCGCCAAUCCAUGCUAUUGCCUCUCUUCCUCUCUCCUCCAAAUCCCCGUCGCCACCUCCAAAGAUCCGACCCGCAAACCCACUCCAACGCUCGCAUGGGCCUCUACGACGAUCUCCUCCGCAACGGAUACUACACGACACGGCUUUGGAUCGGUACGCCACCUCAGAUGUUCGCUCUUAUUGUUGAUACGGGAAGUACUGUCACCUAUGUCCCCUGCUCUACUUGCGAACAGUGUGGCAGACACCAGGAUCCGAAGUUCGAACCAGAAUUGUCGAGCACCUACCAACCUCUGCAAUGCAAUUUGGAUUGUAACUGCGACAGUGAGAAGGUACAUUGUGUGUACGAUAGACAAUAUGCUGAGAUGAGUAGCAGCAGCGGUGUUCUUGCUGAGGAUGUUUUGUCCUUCGGCAAUUCGAGUGAACUCCGGCCGCAGCGUGCCGUUUUCGGCUGUGAGAAUCAGGAAACCGGCGACCUUUACAGUCAACGUGCCGAUGGAAUCAUGGGUUUAGGCCGGGGUGAUCUUAGUAUUGUGGAUCAACUUGUUGAAAAAGGUUUAAUCAGUGAUUCAUUCUCAUUAUGCUAUGGUGGAAUGGAUAUUGGCGGCGGUGCUAUGGUUCUUGGUGGCAUUUCUCCUCCAAUUGACAUGGUUUUUACACAAUCGGACCCUGUACGAAGUCCAUACUACAAUAUUGAUUUGAAGGAGAUACAUGUUGCGGGGAAGCAAUUGAUGUUAAACCCAAUUGUCUUUGAUGGAAGGCAUGGAACUGUCCUGGAUAGUGGUACAACAUAUGCUUACUUUCCUGAACCAGUGUUUAUAGCAUUUAAGGACGCGAUUAUGAAGGAACUUGAUUCCAUCCAGAAGAUCCGAGGUCCUGAUCCAAAUUUUAAUGAUAUCUGCUUUUCUGGUGCUGGAAGUGAUGUCUCUGAACUAUCAAAAACCUUUCCUGUGGUUGACAUGGUAUUUGGUAAUGGGCAAAAGCUGUCACUAUCACCUGAAAAUUACUUAUUUCGUCAUUCAAGGGUACGUGGUGCAUAUUGCCUGGGGAUUUUUCAGAAUGGAAAAGAUCCAACUACUCUUUUAGGAGGUAUUAUUGUCCGCAAUACCCUUGUUAUGUAUGAUCGUGAGCAUUCAAAGAUUGGUUUCUGGAAAACUAAUUGUUCAGAAUUAUGGGAGAGACUUCAAAUAUCUGGUGCCCCUCCACAAAUGCCUUCAGCUCCAGAUAGAGAGCCCCCACCUACAACAGCACCCACUCAAGUACCAGAUCAUGUACUUCAAGGGGAACUCCAAAUUAAACAAAUAACAUGUGAUAUGUUAUUGAACGUCAGCUACCCAAAUCUGAAGCCUCACAUUACAGAACUGGCUGAGUUUAUUGCUUAUGACUUAGGCAUUAAUUCUUCUCAGGUUCGUUUAAUGAAUUUUACUCCCAAUGGAAAUGAUUCCCUUAUUAGAUUGGCCAUCUUUCCAGCAGGGUCCAGUGACUAUUUUUCAAAUGCAACAGCUAAUAGUAUAAUUGCCCAAUUUGCUGAACAUCAUGUGCAACUUCCCGGUACCUUUGGAAGUUAUCAGUUGGUUGGAUGGAACAUUGAGCCUCUGGAAAAACGUACUUGGUGGCAGCAAAACUAUCUGGUGGUAUUUUUAGCAGUCGUUGUUACAAUAAUUAUUGGAUUGUCAGCUUUUGGAAUGUGGUUUAUUUGGAGACACAGACAACAGAUGCUUAAUGCAUACAAGCCUGUGAAUGCUGCCGUUCCAGAGCAAGAACUCCAACCAAUUUAAAAUUUUAGGAACUAUCUUUGUAUGAGAAUUUAUGUCAAAUUAUGUAGCUAUCAGAAUCUCUUUGACUCACACAAUGACUGAAUUGAAACAAUAUCUUCUUAACCGACCAAGAUUCUUGCUCAGUAAAGUGGAUGGUCCUUUGCAAUGCUUAUUCAGUAAAUCCAGGUAGGGAGGUAUAGGUACACACGUUUUGGAUUUGUUUUGUAUACAUAAUCAACUUUUUUAAGCAAUAUUGUAAUAUACUAGUGAAUUAGAAGCUUGCUUAAUAAAGCACUGUACAAUUUCUUUUAUUCA